AUGCCGAAGCCCAAUAAGGAAUUCUAUGUCGAUGAAAACACGUGGAACACAGAGGCUAUUGAGGCAGCACAUGCUCCACCUCCAUAUGAACCCUCAAGAGUGUGGGCUGUUUUGGGGGCUAGUAAAACUGAAGUUGAGCAAGCGGUGUGGAAGUUUGUAAAGGAAAAGAAACCAGGCUUUGUAGCCAAUGCUGUUCUUCCAGAUACAUGUAUGGGUCUGAUCUUGGAUCCGACACAAGAUGCAUCUACUGGUGGCUGGGUCCGAAAUCUUUACAGAGGGGAUAAUUCCGAGAUGCUAAAUCUACCUCCUCAGUAUUUCGUGGAUGUGCAGGAUGUAGGACGUCUUCAUGUUUCAGCAUUGGUCGAUGAGGACGUGAAGAACGAAAGACUACUUGCAUCUGCCGAACCAUUCAACAACAACACUUUACUGAGGAUCUUCCGCAAAAUUCGACCUGAUGCAAAAAUUAUGGAUGAUUUUCACGAUGACAACGUCAACGAUUUAUCAAAGGUCGCUAAUCAAAGGGCUGCAGAGCUUUUGAGGAGAGACUUUAAACGUCCUGGUUUUACAAGCUUGGAGGAAUCUUUGACAAACAAUAUUCAGGGGGUCUAG